CGUGGGUUGGUCAGCGCGACUUCUUCCGGGUUUGAUGUUUAUGUGCGCUCGAAAGGCAUCAGAGAGUCGAAAUUGUAGAUUUUGUGCUGUAUUAAGUUUAAUCGAGUGAUUUAAUCAUGGCUGCGGUCGACAGUUUUCCAUUGCUAUAUCGAGAAAUCGCUAGAUCUUGCAGUUGUUAUGUAGAAACGCUUGCAUUAGUGGGUGCACUCUAUACUGCAAGUAAAGCUGUUACACUGAUGAGGGACUGCUAUAGUCUGAUAAGGCUUCACUUCAUCCCACGUCUUGUUUACCCUAGAGAUCUUGUGCACAGAUAUGGAAAAUGGGCCAUUAUUAGUGGUGCAUCAGAGGUGAUAGCUAAAGCAUAUGCUGAGGAGCUGGCCAGGCAUGGUGUAGGCAUUAUCCUCAUUAGCACAGACAGCACCUCUCUAAAUGACACCGCCAGGACCAUCUCUGACACUCAUGGAGUCGAGGCUGUCCUGGUGGAGGCAGAUUUCAGCCACGGUGCCUUGACGUGCAAGCCCAUUAAAGACGCAAUCAAGGACAAAGACAUCGGAUUUGUCAUAAACUGCCUGAAUUCGUCGCUGGAUAUCCCCCGAGACUUCCACGAUAUAUCUGAGAGCGAGCUGUGGCAGAUUAUAAACAACACUGUAUCUGCUGCAUCACUGAUCACCCGCCUGGCUCUACCCGGCAUGGCUGAGAAGCAAAGAGGCGUAGUUGUUAACAUUUCAUCAGGAAGGUGCUUCAGACCCUAUGCACGGAAGGCUGCGCUCUCUGCCUCGACGGCUUUCUUUGACCACUUCAGUCGUGCUCUGCGUUAUGAAUACGGCCAUCGUGGAGUGUUUGUGCAGAGUUUGCUUCCUGGUUCUGUAGCCUCUGAGGGAGAUGAUGGAAGUAUCAUCACUGGCUGGUUGGUUCCUCAGCCUCAUGUUUACGCCAGGCAUGCUUUGUCCACUCUGGGCAUCUCGCACAGAACUACAGGAUACUGGCCUCACACGCUACAGCUUGGACUUGUGCGGUGUGUUCCAGAGUGGAUAUGGGUCCUGGGAGAGAGAGUGAUGUGUAGGAUGACCUAAAAGCUCAGACUUUCACCUGAAUAAUAAAUAAUAAAUGUUGCAGUGUUUAACAGCGUAUAAGUACAGGACGUGACUAGCUUACAGUACAUGCACUGGCUAUAAGUGUGGUACACUUCUGCAGUUCUUAUCUUGUGCAACGUAUUGUGUCGAAAUAUUCCAUGAUCACUUUUAGCUGACCGGGUGAUAACAUAGUUGUGUUAUAAACAACUUGACGAGUGACCAAUAUUCUAUAUACAUCAGUGUCUCUGGUGUUUUGUGUGUACUGCUUAUAGAAAAUGGUGAUUUAUUUAUAUAUUGUUGUAAGAGCUCAGAUUCUACAUGCUUAUUUUCAACAAUUCUCAAUAAAGUAUUAUUAAACUUCA